UGGCCCUUGCGAGUAGGCCUCGGUAUUUUUUUCUGCACUGCUACAGAGGGGGCGCUGAAGUCCUUCCUGACGAAAGGCGGAAUGUGGUGUUUGCCAUUGCGGAUUCGUACAGAUCUUUCCACGCCCUAGGUCGCCUAAUGUGCGAGUCCGAUUGCUGCUGAAUUGCCGUUGCUUAUUUGAUACCUUCUUUGGAGCAAAUUCUUCCCGCCCAAAAUCCCCCAGAAUUUGGCCAUAUCAACACAGAGACCUACUACAAAACUCUCAAUGGCCUGUUUCUUGCGUCGCUGUCCUUCAUAUAUAGGUGACCGAACAGUGCGCUGAACCUGGCGGUGGGUGAUUAGAGUCGUUACGGAUCCUCGGGCUCCGUCGUCUCCAGCUUCCUUCGAUAUGGAAAAACCAAACAGCGAAGUCUCAAAACUCGGUAUCGAAACUCUCCCAGUCAACUCGAGCAACCCGAGUGACUUUGGCUAUGAGGAAAAGGCCAUUAUUCCUCCACCUCCACCACCGGUGAACCCUCCAGAUGGAGGUCUGAGAGCUUGGCUCCAGGUGGUCGGUUGUUGGCUGGUUUUUUUCAAUGCCUGGGGUACGACCUUUGCUUUUGGUAUAUUCCAAAGUUAUUACCUUCUGAAUAUGUUGCCGGGUGAAUCGGCUUCGACGAUUUCUUGGAUUGGCACCGUUUCUACCUAUCUUUUGAUAGUGGUUGGCGUUAUCUCUGGGCCUUUGUUUGACCUGGGUUAUUACCGUUCCAUGUUGUUUGGGGGCGCCGCUUUGUCAUCUUUUGGUCUUAUGAUGUUGAGUCUGGCAACAAAAUAUUACCAAAUAAUGUUGGCACAAGGCAUCUGUUUGGGUCUAGGGACGGGGGUCUUGUACGUCCCUGGCAUCGCUCUGACCAGUCGUUCAUUUUCCAAGCGUCGUGCUAUAGCAUUGGGCAUUGUCACUUGUGGUGCUCCAUUUGGCGGUAUAAUCUACACCAUCAUAUUCGACUCUUUGAUCGACUCGGUCGGCUUUGGCUGGACAGUCAGGGUAAUGGGUUUCAUCAUGGUAGCGUCAUACCUGAUUGCAUUUCCACUGCUCCUAUGGGGAGCCGGUAAUACUGGCGAUAUCAGCAGUGGUACUGCUCGAAAACUUUUCGACAAAGCAGCUUUCAAAGAUCUGCCUUUCUGGCUCUACAGUUUCUCAUGCUUCUUUCUCUUCUUCGGCUACAUGGUCCCGUUCAUCUACAUACCCAGCUACGGCCAGGUCAAGCUGGGUAUGUCUCGGUCCUUGUCACUUUACACGAUUGUGGUUGCUCAAGCUGUUUCAAUCUUUGGACGUCUUCUAGCAGCUUUCGUUGCUUCUCGAAUCGGCGUCAUGAUUCCUUGGCUCACUUGUGGCACGAUCUCUGCCAUCAUGUGUCUGGCCUGGGCUGGGAUCCAUGAUGUUGCUUCCUUCUUUGCUUAUGCAGCAUUGUACGGUGGAUUCAGUGGCGCUCUCAUUCCGCUACCACCAAGUAUAUUCCCGGUCGUUUGUCCUGAUCCGAAAGUUCUGGGGGCUCGUCUCGGAAUGGCCCAAGCGAUCGGUGCCACGGCCUCUCUGAUCGGAAGUCCGAUUGCCGGCGCCCUCAUCAGUGACCAUGGACGCAACUAUCUCGGACUGCAGCUUUUCAGCGGGUUUGUGAUGUUAGUGGGAGCAUGCUUGCUCAUAUGUCUUUGGAUUACUCUGGUCAAGCAAAGAAACUGCCGAAAAUUGAUAUAGCCACAGAGUCAGACCUUACCACCCUGCUGGCUUGCGCUCGCUUUGACUCGCAUGCACCUGAGAUCACAUAUGCAGUUCACAAUGGAGGCAUCGAAGGCAGCAAAUGGAACAAACGUGGCGAGUAUAAGACCAUCUGACUGUUGACAGAAUGAUCGUCAUCAUUUCGAAAUGAUGUUACAAGUUCAAAAUAUACACUAGAGCCGCUGAGUUCUAUUGCGACCGUCUCUAUCAUUGGUCUAUGGUACAACACCACAUCGAUGGAGACACUCCAUCCGAUUCUUUCCACGGUGGCUGAAUUUAUAACAUAUAUACAGUGAUCACCUUCCUUUUAGGAGAU